AUGGUGACUACACGGGCUGCCAUUGAGAACGACGGUAAUAUCAAAAUCGCUGAUAUGGGUAAGAAAUCCGUUGCAAAAAAAGCUUCAAAAAACAAAAAGGUAGUGUCAACCGGAGAAGCUUCAGUUCCUCCAUCUCCUGUGCAGUUGAGUAAGAAGAGACAUGCAAAUGAUUCACCUCCGAAAUCGAAGAAACACAAAGGCAUUUCCAGAACUGAAUCCAAGAAAUCUCCUCCUAAGGGUACUGAAAUUUCAGUUUUUGAAGGUUUUGAUUUGGUUAUUUUUGGGCAUUGUAUUGAGAGGAAUCUUGAAGUGAACCUGAGCCAGCUUAGUGUUGUUUUACUUGCCUUGGAGGUUUAUUACCUUAACCUACAAAAUGUUACUUUUUGCACUGCUGAAUUGGACCAGCAGUUUUACUUUGACAAGCGCUAUAAAUAUCUGAAAAAGAGUGCUCAGUUUAAAGUAAGCCGAGAAGAUCGUGUUCACUCGAAGAUUGAUACGCGCAUGUCAUACGAUGUCAUUUCUGAUAUCAAAUCGACUCUGACUCCAGGUGAAUUGGAAAAGUUUAGACAAUCUUGCUUUGGCUACUUUCUUGAUAUUCCCAAGAUCAAAGUGCAAAAUCAGAUCAUACAUUGUUUAUUGUUGAGGGAGGUGGAGCAGCUAAAGAAGUCUGAAUUGUGGUUUGAGGUUGGCGGUCAUAGGCUGAAAUUCGGAAUCGACGAAUUUGCUUUGAUCUCGGGUUUAAACUGUCAAGGUGACAGCAGUAAGUAUGCCUAUACAAAAGUUGAAAACGGCAUUUUGGAUAAGUACUUCAGCGGGCUGCAAUCUGUUUCUAAACAGACCCUUCAGGACUUUUUCAAAGCUAGGCGUUGGGAGUCGGAGGAGGAUGGGUUUAAGAUAGCAUUUAUGCAUUUUUUGCAUAACUUCUUGCUUGCUUCACCGAGGACUGCUCGUAUCCCUUUGAAGGACUUUGACGUAGUUGAUUCGGCUGAUUUGAACGACUAUCCAUGGGGUAUUGACGUUUUCAAGUACACGUUUGAUUCUUUGUCAAAAAGAGCUGUUCUUAGUCCGGGAUCUCUUAUUAUUGAAGACAACAUUUACCAGUAUCGACUUCAAGGUUUACCAUAUGCACUGGUAUGUUGGUUCUACGAGUGUUGCCCGGCGGUGGAAAAUACCUUUGCUCAGCUAGUGAACAAAGAUGCUAUCCCGCGGAUUCUGAGGUGGCAAGCAUUCGUUCCUGCAAAAUACAUUGAUGUUGACAGGGAUUUAUUUGUUGAGAUUGCAUCCGAUGAGAUGAUUUUCCGAUCAAUUGUUCCAACCCCGGCAGAGAUGAAUGCCCUUCGUCUAGGUGACUUAUUCAAAAAAAUUAAGGGAAACGAGGAGGGUUAUUGUCCGGCAUUUAAUAUAUUGAAGGACGGUGAAUCAACGUCGAACACUUCGAAUUUAAAUGUUAUGGAAGAGAGGCUGGAAAUUUUGAUGGCUGGUCAAAAGACGAUUAAGGAUGAUAUAAUGGAUUUGAAACGUUUAUUCACUUCCAAAUGUUCCGAACUUUUGACAGUUGUCAAUUCAUUGAAUGAUAGGCUAACUCUGAUUGGUGAUUCUAAAACGGUUGAAAUUGAGAAACAUGAUGUUUCUGAUGGCUUGCAGACAAGGGUUGACAAAGGAAAAAAGGUUGUUCUUCCUGCAGAGGACAUUUCAGUGAAACCAAGUAAAAAUGGUACUUCUAUAGUAAUGGAACGAGAAGAAAGGGAUGGUAGGGAGUCUGUUGUUCCUGUUUCUGCUGAUACUAAAGCUACUUCCAGCAAAGAAAGGGAUGGUAGGGAGUCUGCUGAUGAAGAAAAAGGUGCUGAAAAAGUCGAAUUGGAAGAUUUGGUUUGCGAGAAGGCUGUACUUGAAGGCAAGGAUGACCGUGGUGAACCUUGUGUUAUUGUUUCUUCCGAACACGUUGAUGUUAUCUCUCCGAAUUUUGAGGUAUAUUUAAUAAUUUGA